CGAAGGCAACGGGCAGGACGUCAACGAAAUGGAGGAAAAAGGUUUUAUGCCAGAAGUCUUUAGAAUGUCAUCAUAUAUUAAGAAACUAUGGAGGACUAAGACAGCACUUAUACUUAGUUCAUUUUUUGGAGUACCAUUUGUGCUUCCAUCAGGAUCACGGUCAGGAUUUAUAUUGAUGGAUGAAGCGUAUCCAUAUUCUACAGAUAAGGAGGAAAAGAGGCCAGAAAGAGGGACGGAAAAGAUGGAGGAAUGUUUUAAUAUGGAUAAAGAGUCGUAUUUUGAAAGAUCUAUAUUUUAUGAUCCGGUAUUUGAAUUUAUUUUUCCAGUAUGGGAGUUUUAUACGAUACCGACGAUAUUUGGAUGGUUUUUUAGAGAGCGUGGGAGAAUGGAUAGGAAUGAGAGGGAAAAGAAGAAUAUUGAAAGGUAUAAGGAUUAUUUUUGGAGGCCGAGACUUUUUCAGAAUGAAAAUUGGAAAGAUGUAUUUGAAACGUUUGAAGAUUUACGAUGGAGAGAAAAGGAUAAAGAAAUUUUUGAAAAUGAGAAAGAAUAUAAUAAAGGAGAAGAAAAGGAAUUAAAUGAAUCGUCUAAGAAAGUGAUAUCUAAGAUUUCAAAAAAAAUGUUACGUACAUUUGGAGAUGGAUCGUAUGAGACAAUUGAAGUUAUUAAGCGAUGCUUUGAUGAUGGUACGUGUGAAACGACGAAAUAUACGGAUUCGUCGAAUGGUAAAAUGGAAAAGAAAAGAGAAAUAAUGGAUAAUGAAGUAGUUGAAUCAUCCGCAUCUAAAUAUACGCAAGAAAGUGCAUUUAAUUCUUCUAUGAAUAACGAUGUUUAAAAAAUAAUGAUGUUUAAAACAUAAAUAAUUUUUAC